AUGCAGCGAGUGCUGAGGUCUAGGAGUGGAACUUCCGAUGCUGAGCGGGACGUGACUGCAACGGCGGCGGCGCGCGGUCCCAGCAAGCGGCGCAGGAGAGUCGGUGGUGAUUCGGAAAACGACACUGCGGGCUCGGACGAUGGACUGAUAGAGGAACCGGCGACGGGUGCGCCGCGGGCGGAGGGCAGACCCUUUGAGUUGAUUGCUGAUAUACCAGCCUCCGUGGAAGAGCCGCACUACAACUCGAUCCUGACGCACCCGCUCUCCGUGCGGGACUCCGCGGUUCUGUACAGUUCACUGAUCAGCUCUAGGAGGUCCUGGAUCAGAAACUACGGGACCGUGUUCCCGUUGUACUGGAAGAAGGCCGUUGGUAUCGACGGUACGGGCAGCGGGUUUUCCAUUAAGGACAAGAUGCAGAAGAUGUGCGAGUGCAACAUGGCUGGCGGCCCGCAUAGCUUUGUCCUAAGGUUGUUCAUUCUAAAGGACGAGAAGGUUGAGGAAAGGUGGGCGACGACCGUCGAGGAGCGGAAGAGGGAGAAGCAAUUGAAGAAGUUGACUUUGCAAGAGGAGAAGCAGUUGAAGAGGGAGGCCAAGCAGAGGGCGAAGUUGCAGAAGAAGGAGGAAAAGCUGCGUAAGCAACAGCUGGCGAAGGAGCAGCGACAGAGAAACAAACUACAACAGGAGCAAGCGAAGCAGGAGAUGAAGCUCAAGCGGGAGACGAAACGUAAGGAAAGGAAAUUGAAACAGACCGCGCCGGACCCGUCGCCCGCGAACGACAGCCAGAUGAUCGCCAAUUUGAACCUUAUGGCACAAAAGGACGCCAAAUUGAACGCUCUUAUGGGCAAAGUGGCAGGAGGUACUGCGGAUAAAGCAGAAGUGGAACAGUUCAAGAAAGUGAUAGAGAUCGCAAGAAGUAUGGUUGCACCCCCCCGUUGGAACGCGAAGAAACCCGUUACAUCGUCCCCCUCUGGGGUGGCUCCCUCCGGAACGGAUACGAAACCCGCUGAUAAAGAUGUGGUCGCUGUGAAGGGGACUGCCACGAAAUCGGUUAAAGUAGAGGGUCAAACUGGGGAAUCCCCCAAUAGUACUGGCGGGCCUCGCAAGAGGGGUCGGAAACCUAAGGUGGAGACCCCCGGUGUCGUGGUGAAGAAGAGGCCCGGUCGGAAACCAAAGGUGAAGACCGAGGAGGACAUUGAGGAGGACAAGUUGACCGCGUUCCAGUUGAAAUACAUGGAGACGUCAACGCUGGUGAUAGAGUUUGCCGAGUCCAAGCAUGCACGGUACUAUCUGCCGAAGGACAGUAUUAUAGAGUACGUUCCUGAGACGGACAAGUACCUUCUGUCCUGGAUAGCAGUGCACAACAAAAGAGAGCUGAAGAGGUUUGCGCGGAGGAAGAAGGUGGAUGUGGACAGCAACGAUAUGUACUUCUUGCAGGACUGCCCGCCCGUUUUAUUCUCGAGCAUGACCGUGACGUUGAGUCAGGUUCCAAAACGGUUCCAACCGAUUCUGCUACAUAGUGUGAACAAAGUCGAGGACGUCCGACGGGUGAUGGCGAGGAUUUUGGAGAUUGGCACGCGAUUGUCCGGUUACAACGUAUGGUACCAGUUGGACGGAUACGACGACGCCAAGCUCGCUGAGCAUUACCGGGUAGAGCUGAACGAUUUUGAAAGCCAACUGAGAACGAAGAGGUUCAAGCGCACUUAG